AUGAUGCGGCGAGAAAAGGAUGGCAACGCAGCUGGCAAAGACGAUCCUGAAGAUGGCGAGAGUGGUGAUGAGCUGGAUCCCAAUGAAGCGAGCAGUGACUCAUCGGUUGACGGUCCGUCGGCAUUGUCUUCCUCCAACAUCACUGCAGCUGUGAACACAACGGCAGAUUCCAAUACAACAGCAACAAGCAAUACUAGUGAGAACACUACAGUAUACGGUAGUGUGCCAGCCAAUGCUACAGGAACUUCCGACAACACCGAAGGAUCCGAAGACACCAAGGACAAGUCAGAUACCGACUCGGAGGUUUCCAGUGAGGACACAUCUGGUGCAGACACCGGGGAAUCGAUCGGUUCUGGCUCAACAGAGCCUGCAGAUGGUGAAAGUGUGGAGAGCUCCGAGCAGACUGCAGACACCGGCAGCAAGGACAGCGCAGACAGCACAGAGAGCACAGACAGCACCGAAAGCGAGGAAAGUGUGCCUGACAGCGCGGCUGGUGCAUCUGACAAUGAAGCACAAGGCACAGCUGACACUGCCGAUGACACAGCCGACAUGGCUGCCAUGGCUGGCAACUCGGCUGACAGCCCAGCUGAGAGCACAGAAAGCCUCCCAAGCAGCUCUGAGAGCGAAAGUUCUGAGAGUGCUGCAUUCAUCAACUUGCAGGGCCGCAAGCCGCACUUGCAACACACAGGCUGGCUUUGUGCCACGUGUACCCACAUUCUUCAGACUCUGGUGGAAGCAAGGACCAUGUACGAUCUCAUGACCAUGUACGGCAGUUGCGAACCCAGUUUGACGCAGGUUGGCUCCGGUUGGCUCCGGUUGGCUCCGGUUGGCUCCAUGGCUUGUAGGGAUUGUCAGACAUUGUCAGACAUUGUCAGACCGCAGAACGAGGAAGUCGGAAUUGCCCCACUCUCAUGGCGCCAAGACAGGCAUGAAGCAAGCUUCAUGUCGCAAGAUCCUAGUUCAACCAUGACCACAACUUUCUACUUCACGCUGGUCUCCACCAACAAGUAUUGCGCUCCUGGGCGGCAAGCAUUCGAAAAUGCGAUGAAAUAUCCAGACAAUAGGUACACCAAGGCACGCUGUGUAGGGGUCGCUUUGUUGGCUUACUUUGUUGACCUCGCACGUGCGGAGGCCAAUGCCAAGUCCGGUUAUAAGAAGAAUGUGGGCAACUACCAAAUGAAAGCAUGCUUCGAGUAUGUCCUGGCCGAAAAGUCCUGUGGCAAGUACUUUGACUUCGGUGUCGUGGAUGGGGCCUGCGAUUGCGUGCCGCAAAGCCAUUCUGAAUGCAAAGAAGCAGAUGCAGAAAAUUAUCACGUAUACUUGAUCCAGAAAGGAGGACCUGAAGCUAUGGUUGAAGUAAACGAUCAAGGCAUGGCUGUGAAGGUAAAUGGUGAGGCAGUGCCUUUCCAGCUUAAAACCAAUCAAACUCCUGAAGACAGAGCUUGGCUGAAGCUGAGCUUCGAUGACCCAGACAUGGGGGCCCUGCCAACAGCCGAUCGGCAUGCGGACGGGGAUGCAGGCGGCGGUCCUGCUCCGGGUGUCCGAAAAAAGGCAGAGAAUGGAGAGAAGGAGGACAAAGAAGAUGACGAAGAAAAUGAGAAGGACGAUGGUGAAGAAGAUGGGGAGAAGGAUGACGGAGAAGCAAGAGAAGCGUUCGUAGAUUUGUUGGUGAAGACAAAGGCCAUUUCGGUCGGAACUAGCUACGAGGACGCAGAGCGGAUGCUGUGCAAGAAAGCUGCGUGGAAGGCAGUCGAUGCACAGACAAGAAAAGAAUGCUUUGAGAUCUUCGUGGACCAUCUUGACGACGUAGGCCACAAAAAGAAAAAGAAGAAAGACAAGGCCAAAAAGAACAAAAAGAAGAAACAAAAAGAAGAUGAGGAGGAAGAGGAAGCGGAGGAAGGACCCCGCAAGAAAAAAAACAAGAAAGGUGAGAAAAGAAAGGCAAAAGUCCCCAAGAAAAGCUCUGUAUCUUCUUGA